GGUCCCAUUGGUCCACACCGACGCGCAGGGCCUGUAGUUUGAAAGCUGUCUGGGCCCAGACGAGGAGUAAGCCACAUUGCGAACAAAGUUACAACAUUUAGAAAUAAAAAAGAAGGAAUCAUUGAGCCAUUCUGUCUGGAACUACUCCCACUCCUCUUGGACCAUGCGGUGGCAACAAUCCGACGGGACUCGAGGAGGCAGACUUGAUUUCCAGUCGCAUUGUUUUAUUGAAUGUUGACUUGAGUUGCAUUGAACUCCACGCAGUGAGAAAAGGAAGCUAGCUGGCUAAUGCUAGCUGGUUAGCUAGUUAGCCGACUCGUGUGUUAUUCACUUCCUUGUUGCACAUUGAAGUGAGAUGGAAGGAGAGAAGAAGUUUGUCAGAGGGAGACGGAGUUAUUUUGUUUCACCCCAACACUAACUGGCUCAUGGAUCUACAGACUUCCACAAACUGCAACAUUUCUGAACUGGAUUUUAGAUGCACAGCGGAUCUGGGCCUUUGCUUUGACCAUGAAAUGGAAUGUCUAGCUGGACUCAGUUAGCUUGUGGAGGCUAACUGGCUUAACCGACUAGCAAAUGUGGAAGAUGUCCGUCCAGGAGUACAAUAGUUGAGUACCGACUUGCUCUAUAAAUGAACUAUAUAUUGUUGAUUCUGUAUUACUGUCUCUGGUAACCAUUGUUCUCACAUCUCCAGCUAGCUAGCUAGCUAGCUUUGUAAUGCUAACGUUAAGCUUCUGAUUCAGCUAGCUAGCUAGGCUAUUUGUGAAUUUGCUAACUAGCCCCAAUGUUUUGUUUCACGACACAACAACAGACACAGCUGAAGUGAAGUUUAUACAUUGAAUAUAUUCUCAACGUGGCUGUAGUGUUAAUUGUGUAGUUAAAUGCCGAAUCCAGAGGUGGUUCGGGAGGGUCGGGGACGUAGCCCCUCUGCUCAGAGGAAUGCUAACAGGCAGGACAGGAGGGGGAAACCGGGGAGCGGUGCUGCUCAGAGGGACAGACCCCGGGAGAAGAGGCGCUCCUCGGCUUCUAGGAGGAAGAAACGCAGGCAGGCCAGGCAGAGAGAGCUGUGGCUUGCAGGUGCAGCAGGCGACCCUGGCAAUAACCGAAAAAGCACUUUUGAAAGAGAGGCUGAACUUCAGACUUUGGUAGAAUACGACGACGUGAGCUCCCAGUCGGAGCGGUUUUCAGGGAGCCCUUCUCCUAAACUUGACCCCCACGCUGACAGCCUAUCAGCGGAUCGACUCAGCGAUGUUGACUUUGGUGAAUAUAAUGGACCAGCAACACCAGACAGAAGCCACCCGAGAGAAAGGGAGGCUGUGUGUAUUAGCAAAGACGGACAAACUAGAGGACCAUCAGAGAGAAGCAAACAGGAGAAGGAGAAGGAGAAGGAGAAGGACAGGAAGAAGGAGCGCCAGAGCCGGGAGAGAGACUCCUCCAAAGCUAGGACGGGGGUCAGCCUGAGUGGGUCUAAAAACCACAGAGACACUACAAGAAGCAGUGACAGGAAUGGCAAAAAGACAUCUACGUCUCAGUCAUCACAAACUGCAGAUAAGAGGGAUUCAAAGCGGCACAGAAGUAAAACGAGGUCUGACAAAGAGCCCCCAUCUGCAUACAGAGAUGCUCCUCAGUCUUACAGAGAUGACCGUGAAGAGCUCAGGGCAUACAGGAGAAGUCCUGGUUUCAAAGCAGAAAGUCCCUAUGGGACGUCUUAUUCCUAUAGCUACCAGUCACCUGGUGGUUACAACCAGCUGAUAUCUAGAAGAAGUCCAACUUAUGGGAGCAAAAGACUCUCUCCCUCUUCCACGUAUUAUAGUAGGGAUUCAGAUGCAUACGGGGCAUACGGUGUGACAAAGUCUCCUAGUUCGUACUCCAGCAACAAGAGGAAGAGAUCCCCUACAAGCCCGGCGAACUGGCGCAGGUCUCCAAGUUAUGGGCGACACAGUCCGUUCGAACAAGGCGAGUUUGGUGCCAGUCCAUACGGGAACCGAAGGAGAUCAAGAAGUCCGUACAGGAAGUCCAUGAGCCCGAGUCCAGAUGUCAGGCGAUCUGCUAGGUCACGCAGCAGAAGUCCGUAUUCAUCCACAAGGCACUCACGUUCCCGCAGCCGCCAUCGCCACUCCCGCUCCCGCAGUCGCCCCUCCAGCCUCUCCCCCAGCACCCUCACCUUCAAAACCAGCCUCGCUGCCGAGCUCAGCAAGCAGAAAAAGGUCAAAGCAGCAGAAGCGGCCGCCAAGGCCAAGAACUCCAGCAACACUUCUACUCCAACCAAGGGUUCCUCAUCCGCUCCCCAGCCCAGCCCCAAGUCCAAUCACUCAUCCAGAAAGGGCCGUCCUCCAUCCCCACCACUACAGCCGGAGAAGGGUCCCAGGACUCCCACGUCGAGUCAGCCUCAGUCCCCCUCCACCAAGAGAGCAUCGGAGCACCAGACCAGCAGAGACAGAGACCCGAAGGGGAAAGAUGACUCAGUGCAUCGUGACAAAAGGAAAGCACUAACUUCUGGACAGAGCAAAGACAAGGAAAGAGCCAGUGUCCCCCUCCUCUCUGCUCUGUCCUCGCUACCACUGCCUCAGACAGUUCUUGAGCACAUGGACAAAGGAAACAGCUUGAAGGACGGUUUGCUCUCAGGAAAGAAGAAGGCAGAGAGAAAGGCUCGUCAGCUUCUUACGGACCUGCCUCUGCCGCCCGAACUUCCUGGCGGCACGUCUUCCCCUCGCAGCCCGCCAGAGGACAAGAAGUCUGGAACAAUUCGUAGACGGCCAAAGAUCUGCGGCCCAAGAUACGGUGAGAUUAAGGAAACUGAGAUCGAUUGGGGAAAACGCUGUGUCGACAAGUUUGAGAUCAUUGGAAUCACUGGAGAGGGAACCUACGGUCAAGUGUACAAAGCUAAAGACAAAGACACAGCUGAGAUGGUGGCUUUGAAGAAGGUCCGACUGGACAAUGAAAAAGAGGGCUUCCCAAUCACCGCGAUCAGAGAGAUCAAGAUUCUGCGACAGCUCAACCACAAGAGCAUCAUAAACAUGAAGGAGAUCGUCACAGACAAGGAGGACGCUUUAGAUUUCAAGAAUGAUAAAGGUGCUUUCUACCUGGUAUUUGAAUACAUGGACCACGAUCUCAUGGGUUUGCUUGAAUCCGGCUUGGUCCAUUUUAACGAGAGCCACAUCAAGUCUUUCAUGCGGCAGCUGCUGGAGGGCCUGGAUUACUGCCACAAGAAGAACUUCCUGCACAGAGACAUCAAGUGUUCCAAUAUUCUUCUCAAUAACAAAGGUCAAAUAAAGCUCGCAGACUUUGGUCUGGCUCGGCUGUAUAACUCUGAAGAGAGUCGUCCCUACACAAAUAAAGUGAUUACACUAUGGUACCGUCCCCCAGAGCUGCUUCUGGGAGAAGAGAGGUACACGCCGGCUAUCGAUGUGUGGAGCUGCGGAUGCAUUCUGGGAGAACUCUUCACAAAGAAACCAAUUUUUCAAGCUAACCAGGAGCUCGCCCAGUUAGAGCUCAUAAGCCGAAUAUGUGGCAGCCCCUGUCCUGCUGUGUGGCCGGAUGUGAUCAAACUUCCCUUCUUCAACACCAUGAAACCAAAGAAACAGUACAGGCGGCGGUUACGAGAGGAGUACGCUUUCAUCCCUCCGUCUGCCCUCGACUUGUUCGACCACAUGCUAAACUUGGACCCCAGCAAACGCUGCACAGCUGAACAAGCGCUAGGCAGUGAGUUCCUGAAGGACGUGGACCCAGACAAGAUGCCCCCACCAGAUCUCCCGCUGUGGCAGGAUUGUCACGAGCUGUGGAGUAAGAAACGCCGGCGACAGAAGCAGGUACCCGAGGAGCUGGCGGCCCCCAAGGCCCCUCGUAAAGAGCUGGGUCUUGACGACAGCCGCAGUAACACCCCGCAGGGCUUCCCUGCUGCAGGAGGUGUCAAAGCUCAGAAUGCUGCAGCUUCUGCUCUGCUGGAUGCAAAGGGUCCAAACUCCCAGCUAACCCAGGAGCAGCUCGCCGUUCUGCUCAACUUCCUCGGCCAGCCAAAGAGCGCCGUCAACACAGCCCAGUUUGUCCAGUCCAUGAGCACGAAGGUCAACCAGGAAACGUUACAGCAGCUCUCCAAAGCUCUCGCUCCCUCUGACCCCGCUGAGCCUCCUCCUCCUCCUCAACCUACGCCCACCAAACCUCCGCAGCCCGCCGCUCCUGCAGGAGUGCCCCGGACGCCCCCGAUGCCCAAACCUCCUUCGCCGCCUGCGUCGGCGCCUUCAGGUAUUCCAGAAGGAGAGGCCGCAGCGGCGACGCAGACGGCCAUGACGAUGCUGCUAGCUCAGCUGCUUCAGGCUCAGCAGGCUCCGAGGCAGGAAGCGGGUGACGGUGGAGAUGCAGCGGAGAGCGCCAACCCUGCGGGUGGAGCAGCAGCAGGACAGCUUCUACCUCCUGAUGUCAAACAGCCUCCUGAGCCCAGCCCGGUCUCUCCAGUUUCUGAAGUUGGAGUUUCCAUCCUGCCUCCAGACCAGAGACCUCCUGAGCCUCCAGAGCCACCUCCACAUGCAGACCUGGACUACCGUCAGCCUCCACCUGAACCCAAGACUGGCCAUGCCCCUCCUAUCGCUUCUGCAGGUGGAGGCGACGGAGGGAGACCCCCAGAGCCAGACUAUCCACCCCUCCCUACAGCAGAGGGGCCAGGAUAUGGGGGAGACUACAACCACCCUCCUCCCCCUCCAUUCACCCCUGCAGGAUUUGGGGAAGGCUACAUGGGUCACAUGUUAGGCGGAGGUCUGCCUCCUCACGCUCUCAGAGAAGUCUUCAGUGGACCUGGACAGGCCACCGGUUCUUCUUCUGCAGCGGGUGUUCUAGCUCAAGCUCAUCCAGACGCCUUCCCUCCGGGCGCAGGAGCCACUGGACCCAGCAGCAUGAUGUUCGCGGGGGACAAAGACCACCGCUUUAAGUACAAUCACAGCCCGCUACCUGUGGAGGGACAGCCCAACCCCAGCGCUAUCCACUUGUACAACCACGCCAUGGCCAGGAAGGACGGCGGACCUCCUCCCCCACCCAUCCCUGCACCGGGACAAGCCUGGGGCUCCCCUUCCCAAGUCGGGGCUCCACCACUUCCCCUCGGCUUCGUCCCACAUGUGAACUCGACAGCAACAAUCAGAGGACGAGGCCUGCCGUUUUGAGAGACGUGAAAAUAUGAAAGCGAACGUUAAAGGCCGGAGCGCUCAGAUUUGAGCCUGGAGCCUCUCAGGCCGGACCAGACAGAUCUGCAGAUGCACACUCGGUUUGUAAUAACUUAAAUCUGUGUCAGGCAGUGUGUUCCUCCUCAGUCUGGAAUGUGGAGUAUGUCGCAGAAGGAAAAAACACCGGAGGAGCUUUUCUUGCUCAUACCAUUUUCAUAUUUUUUUGUAAUCUAUUCUGCUGUCUUUUAAAUUAAACUUUUACCUUUUUUGAGUGUACAUUUAUCAGGCCAGGUACAUUUUAAAAUCUCUACCUUAGCCUUUCUGUAACUGCUCCAGGGCAGUCUAGUAUUAAUGUUUUGCACUACUGACUGAAGUAGGCGGAAACUAUUUUAGCUAUGAGAGGAAAUGGAUGAUGUGCUUUAUCUGCACAAUUAGAAAUAUGACCAGUAAUGUAGUGUCCUCGUUUUUUAUGGCCAUGAUUAUGUUGAAACAAUAAUGGCUCACUUGAUUGGGUUGAUGGCUUGGGUAUCAGCACAGGGAGCUGUUGGAGGGAAAAAAGACUGUUAGUUCCACGGAGAGACUGGUAGCACUUGGAUGACUGCGGUAGAUGAUGUGAUGGAGAAAAUGGAGGCUGUCUUCACUUUAAAUUCCACACGCCUUUUUGCCGGUAGGUGUUGUAAAAUCAUGAGCAGAACAAAAAGUAACCCAAGUUCAAAAAGGAAACGGUCUGUUUUUUUUGUACUAAAAUGAUUUUGUCCCCCUUCCUCCUCCCUUUGGCAAAUGUUUAUUAAAGAAAUGCCAACAAUGUA